GCUCGCCUGGCCCCGCCCCUUGCCGGAGCGCGGCGGCGGCUGCAGAUUCGGCGAUCGUGGAAGGAGGUCGCGGAGCCCGUGAAGGGGAAGCCGCGGCAGGCACGUCCCCGUCGGUUCCUCGGCCUGGGCGCUCUGUCCCUUUCCUGCCCCCUUCUCCAGCAUGUCUUCCGUGCCAGACGCUGCCGCAGGGGACGAGCUGAAGCAGGCGAAGGAGAUGGAGGACGCGGAGAAAUACUCCUUCAUGUCCACGGUCACCAAGGCGCCCAAGAAGCAGAUCCAGUUUGCAGAUGAUAUGCAGGAGUUCAGUAAAUUUCCCACAAAGACUGGUCGCAGAUCCCUGUCUCGUUCCAUUUCACAGUCUUCCACAGACAGCUAUAGUUCUGCGGCAUCCUACACUGAUAGCUCUGAUGAUGAAGUUUCUCCAAGAGAAAAGCAGCAAACAAAUUCCAAAGGCAAUAGUAAUUUCUGUGUUAAGAACAUUAAGCAAGCAGAGUUUGGGCGCAGAGAGAUAGAGAUUGCUGAGCAAGAUAUGUCUGCACUGAUUUCACUAAGAAAACGAGCUCAAGGGGAAAAACCUUUGGCUGGAGCUAAAAUAGUGGGAUGUACGCAUAUCACAGCACAGACUGCAGUCUUGAUUGAGACUCUUUGUGCAUUAGGAGCUCAAUGCCGAUGGUCUGCUUGUAAUAUUUAUUCUACUCAAAAUGAAGUGGCUGCUGCCUUGGCUGAGGUUGGUGUUGCUGUGUUUGCCUGGAAAGGAGAAUCUGAAGAUGAUUUUUGGUGGUGCAUUGAUCGCUGUGUAAAUAUGGAUACCUGGCAGCCCAAUAUGAUCUUGGAUGAUGGGGGAGAUCUGACUCAUUGGGUUUAUAAGAAAUAUCCCAAUGUAUUUAAGAAGAUCAGAGGCAUUGUGGAAGAGAGUGUGACGGGUGUGCACAGAUUGUACCAGUUAUCAAAAGCUGGAAAACUCUGUGUUCCUGCUAUGAAUGUAAAUGAUUCUGUCACCAAACAGAAAUUUGAUAACUUGUAUUGUUGCAGAGAGUCCAUCUUGGAUGGUCUAAAGAGGACAACGGAUGUUAUGUUUGGAGGCAAGCAAGUAGUAGUGUGUGGCUAUGGUGAGGUUGGAAAGGGAUGCUGUGCAGCUCUGAAGGCUCUGGGAGGAAUUGUUUAUAUCACAGAGAUUGAUCCCAUCUGUGCCCUUCAAGCUUGCAUGGAUGGAUUUCGAGUAGUGAAACUCAAUGAAGUAAUUCGGCAGAUGGAUGUAGUCAUAACCUGCACAGGGAAUAAGAAUGUGGUGACAAGAGAACAUUUGGAUCGAAUGAAGAAUAGUUGCAUUGUAUGCAACAUGGGACAUUCCAACACUGAAAUUGAUGUGGCUAGUCUUCGUACCCCAGAACUUACAUGGGAGCGGGUACGUUCUCAGGUGGAUCAUGUAAUCUGGCCUGAUGGCAAGCGAGUUGUUCUACUAGCUGAGGGGCGACUUCUGAAUCUAAGCUGUUCAACUGUUCCUACUUUUGUCCUGUCCAUCACGGCUACCACUCAGGCUCUGGCUCUGAUUGAGCUUUACAAUGCCCCUGAGGGAAGAUACAAACAAGAUGUAUAUCUGUUGCCUAAGAAGAUGGAUGAAUAUGUUGCCAGCUUGCAUCUGCCAUCAUUUGACGCUCAUCUGACAGAACUAACAGAUGAUCAAGCAAAAUAUUUGGGACUCAAUAAAAAUGGGCCCUUCAAACCAAACUAUUAUAGGUACUGAUGGACCAUAAUGCUGAAGAACCAGACCACAUAAUAUACACAAGAGCUUUAGCAGAAAUAUUUUUAAAUAACUUUUUGUGUGUCACUUUGGAAGACUUUUGUUUUAUUCAUGUGAUUAUAUUAUCCUGUCCAAUUCUUUUUAAUAUUUCCCUGUCACAGUACUGACCCUGCAAACAAUUUGGGAUUCCUUGCUACACCACCACAGAAGUAAUGUGGUUUUAAUUCUCUUCCUCUGGUACUGGGGAGAGGAUUUCCAAUGGUUACGUGGGGCAUUCUUUUCAUGUGAUUUUAUUUUUUUAAUUUAAAAAUUUCAGAGCACCUUAGUUGUAGCUGGCAGAACUGCAGAAUAUUAAGAGUACUAUUUUUUCUGUGUGAAAAUUGCAAAUUCUAAAUUGCCUUAAUGAGCCCCUAUUUAUUAGCUGCUACAUCAGUGUUCCUUCUCCUCCACGGGAACAGACUUGACACCUUGUGGCCAGUUGGGUUAUAGGUGUAUAUUCCACAAAUGCCUAAUCUUCAUUCUUUAUGUGGAAAAAUGUCCUCUUGAUUUCAGUAGGACAAUAUCACCUAUUAUUUAUGAUCAAUUAAGAUAUUUUUUCCUACUUCAGGUAUAACUGCAUGCCUGGUUAUACUAAAUGUAGGCAGUUUUAACUUCUCUUUUUAAGUUGCUAGGGUGCUAAACUGAAUUGAAAUGGAUACGGCUAUCCAUUGUCUAGCAUUUCAAUUUUCAAUUAUUUUAUUUUAUGCUGCUUUAAAUCAAGAUGUACCCAUAUCAUAUUCUUAAAGGCUGUAGUUUAAAAUAAUUAAUUUGCUUCUGGUUUGAAAAACUAGAGACUAUUUUAGUUCAUACUUAGCAGAAUUUUGGGACCACCACCAAUCAGAUCAGCCCUCUUGGAACUGAGAUGUCAUCUCGUGUUCUCCAUUCCUUCAUUCACAUAGCACAGGAAACAUUUGAAUGAUCAUUUAUGGUAGGUUUUAAGAUCCUAGAGAGAGUUACUCAUUAUGUAAGGCACUUCUCUCCAUCUUCAGGCUCCAUUUGUACCAAAUGAACAGUGAAGGUGGAUCCCUUUCCAUUGGCACUACUAUUUCAAGUGCUCUACUGCUUUAACUUUUUUAUCCUAGUAAUUAGUAUAUUCUGUCCAGUUAAUAUGAUGCACUGGUAUCUCUCCUGUGAGAUUAUAGUACAACCCAGGUUUCCUAUUAUAGUGCCAUGAAAUGGAGAGGGAGAGGAGGAGGGGAAGAGGAGCUUCAGGAUUAGGAAAAGCAAAAGUUAGGUGAAAGAUAGUGAGUCAAGCUGGGGUCUGAUCUGCUGAAGUAUCAAGGGAUAGCAUCAGUGAGCCAGAGAUUUUGUGAACAUAAUGACCAACUUUGAUUUUUUUUCCCUUGCCUUUUUAUGUAAUCUUUGUGGAAAACUAGAUGUAAAUAUUGAAGAUAUUAUUAGCUCCUUCAUAGGUUUUGCCCCACUAUUGUAUGAUAAAGGCCUUUUGGUAGUUAGUCCUUCACUGAAGAGAGUAAAGCACUUAUAAUUUGACGACAACCCUGAGAUACCAAACAUUUGCACAUUCAUCAUGCUUGCUCUCUAUUUCUAAAUGACUCUCUCAAUAAGUAUCCAAAUAAGUAUUUCUUUUUGGCAGUAACAUAGUGACAUCUACUAGUCUUGCAGAAUAAUGCUGGACGUUGACUUUUUGUAGAGAAGCUUACUCUGCCUCGAGAUGUUCAUAGUCCCCUCCGUUUCAGAAUCUGACUUUAAGUAUGUCCAGGCCAAAUUAUUGUUUUCUUGAUCAUACAAUAAUGCCAGCUUGAACAAACAUACUUUUUUUUUCAAAUAUUUCAUUGGGAUGAUAUCUUGAAUUUUAUUUUUUUACUUUUCACAGCACUCUUACAAUUUCUUCUAACUGAAUUAGGUAAAUCUAGCAGAGUGUAUUCCAGAAAGACCUCCAGAAGUUUAGGAGGACUUUUUCAUUCCAUUUCUCUGCCUCUAUGUUGCAAUGUCGAUAAAUAUCUUAGCUAAGGGCUCCAUCUCUGUAUAAGCCAUGAAAUAAAUUCUCAUACCUAGCAACACCUCAGUUCAAUCAGAGGGAGCAUGUUAUAGCAUUAGUCCAGAUGGGGAUAGGUUUAUUUUGUAUAUGAAUGAUUUUUAAUGAAUGCAAUAUUAAUAAUCCUUGCAAAUGAGCAAUAAUCAUUACGCAAAGUCUGAAUAAAUGAUUAGAAAGCUA